CUGAAACUCAGAGACCCGCGACCUCCGAGCAUCGCGACGGCAUGUUGUCAUCAGCAUCCACGCCCGGGUGCCGAGCGGACCAGGAGGAGCACUACCGCUUCCUCCACAGCAUGUUGAUGGAGAAGAAGCUGCACAUGCUCUUCAAGAUCUACGAGCGACUGCGGCGCUUUGUGAAGCGGGCUCCCGUCCCCGUCGAGGAGCGUGCGAGCAGUCUGGCCUCACAUUUUCUCGAAGACCUGGUCCAACAUGAAUGGAGAGAGGAAGUCAAAGAACUGUCGGCCCUGUUCUCCAAACCUCACUUGAAGGGAGCCACAAUUAAACGGGAUGAAUCCACCGGGGCGAUUGUUGUGGCGAGAGUCAUGCGUGGAGGCGCUGCAGACAAGAGCGGCUUGAUCCAUGAAGGAGAUGAGCUGAAAGAGGUGAAUGGAGUCUCACUGGAGCGCAGGAAGCCAAAAGAAAUUAUUCCCCUUUUGGCACGCUCGGAAGGUGACGUCACGUUCACCAUUGUUCCGGCGUCCUCCAAGCAAGAUGUGGCGUCCCAUAAAAAGUUGUUUGUAAGAGCUCUCUUUGACUACGACCCAAAUGAGGAUCCGGCUGUGCCGUGCAAGGAUGCGGCGAUCGCCUUUAAAAGAGGCGACAUCCUGCAGAUUGCCACCAUGGAGGAUGACGCCUGGUGGCAGGCUUGCCCCGUCGGUGGCGACAACACCCGAGCGGGACUCAUCCCCUCACAGCAGCUCCAAGAGAGAAGAGUUGCACUGCAGCGACCCAAAGCCCUGUUCCAGCCCGAGCAAGUCAAAGCAACAGUUUUUCCAGUGGAGGAGGAUGUCGACUACGGUGCUAUAACUGGAAUCCACAUUGCUGGUUUGAGGAAGAGUUUCCGACUGGGCAAGAAGAGCAGUCGGGUGAAAGAAGCAGCUUGUUCUAGAAGGUGGAGCUCAGGGGUUCAUGACUCCAUUUGUCCGCCUACGUACGUGGAGGUCAUCCCGUACCAUAAAGAUCCUAAAGACAGACACCGCCUCGUAGUAUUGGUGGGCCCCAGCGGUGUUGGAGUGAACGAACUGAAGCGAAGGCUCCUGAUCUCAGAUCCGGACCUCUACGGUGUAACUGUACCAUACACCACCCGUGAGAAGAGAAGCCAAGAGACAGAAGGACUGGAUUAUCAUUUUGUAUCGGUCCUCAAAUUCGAGGAGGACAUUCUCAACCACAGGUUUAUAGACUAUGGGAGAUACAGAGGCCACUACUAUGGAACAAGUCUGGACUCAGUUCGCCGGGUGUUGGCCGAGGGCAAAGUGUGCCUCCUGGACCUGAACCCUAGUAAGCUGAAGCGCAUCUACACGUUUGAAUUCAAGCCGUACGUGGUUUUUGUGAAGCCGCCGCGGGCGGAGGAGUUGCGCCUCAGCAGGAGGAGAGCCAAAACCCUCAGAGAUGAAGAGGACUCGAACCAAGUCAGGAUGUUCUCAGAGGAAGAUUUUGAGGACAUGAUUCAUUCGGCCCAAACCAUGGAAGCCCAGCACGGCCACAUGUUUGACGAGGUGAUCGUUAACGGGGACAUCGCCACGGCCUUCAGGGAGCUCAAGGCGGACCUCCGGCGCGUGGAAGAGGCGGAGGUGCGCUGGAUUCCUGCAGAGUGGCUUCGCCUCUCACCGGUCAUGGCGAGGAGGAGUUGUGGACUUCUGGCCGGAUGGAUUUGAACUUUACAUGGACGCCGCAGAAAAAUGGUGUAUUUCAACAUCGCCGCUUUUUGGAGGAUUUAAAAAAAAAUUUAUUUCAUUUAAUUUAUUUUUUUUAUUUUUUUUAUGACAUUGGUUAUUUCUAUAAAAAAAAGGAAAAAAUAUUGUAUAAUUUUGUGAAAUUAUUGUUAAU